UUCUCAGAUUACAAUGGCUCGUACGAAGCAGACCGCGCGUAAGUCGACGGGCGGGAAGGCGCCCCGCAAGCAGCUGGCCACCAAGGCGGCCCGCAAGAGCGCGCCGGCCACGGGCGGCGUCAAGAAGCCGCACCGCUACCGGCCCGGCACGGUGGCGCUGCGCGAGAUCCGCCGCUACCAGAAGUCCACGGAGCUGCUGAUCCGCAAGCUGCCCUUCCAGCGCCUGGUGCGCGAGAUCGCGCAGGACUUCAAGACCGACCUGCGCUUCCAGAGCUCGGCCGUUAUGGCGCUGCAGGAGGCGAGCGAGGCCUACCUGGUGGGGCUCUUCGAGGACACCAACCUGUGCGCCAUCCACGCCAAGCGCGUCACCAUCAUGCCCAAGGACAUCCAGCUGGCCCGACGCAUCCGCGGAGAGCGCGCCUGAGGCUCCUGCGCUGCCACCACCCAACCCAAAGGCUCUUUUAAGAGCCACCACGCGACCACUGGAGAGAGCUGUGUCUCUGGCUUCGGAGCGGCCGCGGGCAGCCUGUGCCGGGUAGAGCGCUGCUUUCUGUGUAGGCGGCAGUGCAGGUUCUAGGAUAAGUGGAGGGAGUUUGGGCAGCAGGUAGCGUGGGAGCCGCGGCCCCUCGGCUCUCCACUGUGUGCGUGUUGACAGUACUGAGAGCCUCAGCUUAAAAGCUGCUGGGGUGGAUGGUGAGGGGGGGCGGGGUGUAGAGCGGUGUCCGGAGAAGGGGCGGUCUCUCAGGUGGAGGACUGGAGAAGGGGGAAAGAUUUUGCGCACCGAACUCGCUGCCCCAUUCCUCUUCACUGCCUGGGGCGUUACGGGUGCACUUGGCUGUUUCUUUUUCCGUCUUGCGUUUUCUUGCCGUGUCCUACAUACCUACCCUCCUCCCCCCGCCCCGAAUACCAGAGAGAAAAGCUCCACCAUUUCAUGGCUUCCCUUUUGAGGGCGCUAGUGUGAAACCCUGUGGCUGAGGAGCGGCUGUCGCAAUAGGACUUGGCUCCCGUUGUCUAGGAGGACCGAGACGGGGAAUAACCCGUGAGGGAGGAGUACGUAGGAAUCUUUCGGAACGGGAAUGUUUUUCUCAAGAGCCCCGGUAGCUCAGAGGCAAGCUUUACACCCGAUCUCGCGGUCUUUUACCCGGAGAGUGCAAUCGAAAUACUACCUGUUACCGAUUUCACUUGUUGCUUGAGGCUGGAAUAAGGACCGUGGAGAACGUGAGCUACGAGUGGCGACAGCAAAAGCCAAACACCGACAUCCCCCUCCUAGCUUG